GGCGGCGGCAGUGGGUUCGGUUGCGCGUGGCGCACGGGGUGGGAGCGGAGCCCAGGCCGGGAACAGGCGCUGCCGCCAGCGACCAUGGGGAACGUGUUGGCCGCUAGCUCGCCGCCCGCAGGGCCACCGCCGCCGCCCGCGCCCUCCCUCGUGGGUCUGCCGCCGCCUCCACCCUCUCCUCCGGGCUUCACGCUGCCUCCGCUCGGAGGCGGCCUGGGUGCUGGGGCCGGCGCGGGUCGAGGUUCAGAACGGACCCCCGGGACGCCUGCAGGGACCGCGGACGAUGGGGCCUGCGGCUGCCUUCCCAACCCCGGCACGUUCGAGGAGUGCCACCGGAAGUGCAAGGAGCUGUUUCCUAUUCAGAUGGAAGGUGUCAAGCUCACAGUCAACAAAGGGUUGAGUAACCAUUUCCAGGUGAACCACACAGUAGCCCUCAGCACAAUCGGGGAGUCCAACUACCAUUUCGGGGUAACGUACGUGGGGACAAAGCAGCUGAGUCCCACAGAGGCAUUCCCCGUGUUGGUGGGCGACAUGGACAAUAGUGGCAGCCUCAAUGCUCAGGUCAUUCACCAGCUGGGCCCCGGCCUCAGGUCCAAGAUGGCCAUCCAGACCCAGCAGUCCAAGUUUGUGAACUGGCAGGUGGAUGGGGAGUACCGGGGUUCUGACUUCACAGCAGCCGUCACCCUCGGGAACCCAGACGUCCUGGUGGGUUCAGGAAUCCUCGUGGCCCACUACCUCCAGAGCAUCACGCCGUGUCUGGCACUGGGCGGAGAGCUGGUCUACCACCGGCGGCCUGGGGAGGAGGGUACUGUCAUGUCUCUAGCUGGGAAAUACACGUUGAACAACUGGUUGGCGACAGUAACGUUGGGCCAGGCGGGCAUGCACGCAACAUACUACCACAAAGCCAGUGACCAGCUGCAGGUAGGCGUGGAGUUUGAGGCCAGCACAAGGAUGCAAGACACGAGUGUCUCCUUCGGGUACCAGCUGGACUUGCCCAAGGCCAACCUCCUCUUCAAAGGCUCCGUGGACAGCAACUGGAUCGUGGGUGCCACGCUGGAGAAGAAGCUGCCGCCCCUGCCCCUGACGCUGGCCCUCGGGGCCUUCCUGAAUCACCGAAAGAACAAGUUCCAGUGUGGCUUUGGCCUCACCAUCGGCUGAGCCCCUCCUGGCUCCUGCCUCCCACUCCCUCCCUCCUCGAGAUUCCCCCUGCUCCUCCCCCGACAGAGGGGAGACCUACGCGCCCCUCCCUCUCCCUUCCCUCCCUCCUUGGUGGUCAGGGGGGCAGCGGAAAGGAGGGGGCCAUCACCCCAGCAGCUGAGGGGGGAAUUCUAGAACCACGGGCGCUUCAGGAUUCGGAGCACCGGGGGCUGUGUGCCCAGUGGACCUGGGCCCCAAAAGGGGUUCUGGAAUGAGGGGCAUGCCAGAUUCUGAGCACCAGGGGCAGAGGCUGCCAGACAACCUCAGGGAGGUGUUGGGGCAUCACCACCACCACCCCCAAAGAUCUUGGGGCCCCGCCCCGAGGGGGCAGCAAGAAGAGGAGCUUCCCCGUCCCAGGUCUGCCCCCCACCCACUUUCCCAUCCACUCCUCGGUAUAAAUCAUGUUUAUAAGUUAUGGAAGAACUGGGACAUUUUACAGAAAAAGAAAAACAAACAAAAAAUAUACAUGAGAAAAAAAAACAAAAUGAGAGGCCUGGUUUUCCUACCUCUUGGCCCUCUGUUCAUUCCAUCCGGCCUGAUCUUCCUUCGGUGGCCACAUGGGGGUGCCACAGGGCUGGGGUAUGGAAAGGUGAUCCAGAAAGGGAGUCAGUCCUGGCUAACGGGAGCCCAACUUAGGGAAGGGCCUGGCCCAGGAUCACAGCCUCCCUGGGAGGGUGUAGUCUUGUGGUCGCUGGCUCCCGCUUGGCCUGGCCAGAGGCUGCGGGGGACUUUGUGCCUUCGGAGGUGAAGCAACAGGAAUGGUACUGU